GCGGUUUUACACUGCCGUUAGUGAGGCGCGCAGCUGGUGGACAGCAGCCCUCCUGGGGCGCGGCGGCCGGAGAGUAAGCGCCGCGGGCCGAACAGGGUUGCGUGUGCGCGGGGCCGGGAGCCUCGAAAGAUGGAUACUACAAUGGUGAAUCUGUGGACUCUGUUUGAGCAGCUUGUGCGCCGGCUGGAGAUUAUCAAUGAAGGAAAUGAAAGCAUUGAAUUCAUCCAGGUUGUGAAGGACUUCGAGGACUUCCGAAAGAAAUGUCAAAGAACCAACCAGGAGCUGGAGAAAUUCAAAGAUCUGUUGUUGAAGGCAGAGACUGGGCGGAGUGCCCUGGACGUCAAGCUGAAGCACGCCCGUAACCAAGUGGAUGUGGAGAUCAAACGGAGGCAGCGAGCUGAGGCCGAGUGUGCGAAACUGGAACAACAGAUUCAGCUGAUUCGAGAUAUACUCAUGUGUGACACAACUGGCAGCAUCCAGCUAAGCGAGGAACAAAAAUCAGCUCUGGCUUUUCUCAACCGAGGCCAAGCAUCCAGUGGCAACGCUGGGAACAAUAGACUGUCAACGAUUGAUGAAUCUGGCUCCAUUUUAUCAGAUAUCAGCUUUGACAAGACUGAUGAAUCACUGGACUGGGAUUCUUCUUUGAAGAAUUUCAAAAUGAAGAAACGAGAAAAGAGGCGCUCCAGCAGUAGACAGUUCAUCGAUGGCCCUCCUGGGCCUGUGAAGAAAACGUGUUCCAUUGGCUCUACAAUAGACCAGGCAAAUGAAUCAAUAGUUGCGAAAACAACAGUGACUGUCCCCAGUGACGGCGGGCCCAUUGAAGCUGUGUCCACUAUCGAGACAUUGCCGUGUUGGACCAGGAGUCGAGGGAAAUCAGGACCUUUACAACCUGUGAACAGCGACUCUGCUCUCAAUAGCAGGCCACUGGAGCCAAGAACGGAGACAGACGCUGUGGGCACACCCCAGAAUAAUGGCAUGCGCUUACACGACUUUGUCUCAAAGACGGUUAUUAAGCCUGAAUCUUGUGUCCCGUGUGGGAAGCGGAUCAAGUUUGGCAAGCUGUCUCUGAAGUGUCGGGACUGUCGUUUGGUCUCUCAUCCAGAAUGCCGGGACCGAUGUCCCCUUCCCUGCAUUCCUCCCCUGGUGGGAACCCCAGUGAAGAUUGGAGAGGGAAUGCUGGCAGAUUUUGUGUCGCAGACUUCCCCGAUGAUUCCUGCUAUUGUUGUCAGCUGUGUGAAUGAGAUUGAGCAGCGAGGCCUGACUGAGGCAGGCUUAUACAGGAUCUCAGGCUGUGACCGGACAGUAAAGGAGCUGAAAGAGAAAUUCCUUAAAGUGAAAACCGUGCCCCUCCUCAGCAAAGUGGACGACAUCCAUGCCAUCUGCAGCCUCCUGAAAGACUUCCUUCGAAACCUCAAGGAACCCCUUCUGACCUUUUGGCUAAGCAAAGCGUUCAUGGAGGCAGCAGAGAUAACGGAUGAAGACAACAGCACAGCCGCCAUGUACCAGGCUGUCAGCGAGCUGCCCCAGGCCAACAGGGACACGCUAGCCUUCCUCAUGAUCCACCUCCAGAGAGUGGCUCAGAGUCCGAGCACUAAGAUGGACGUUGCCAACCUGGCUAAAAUCUUUGGCCCUACGAUAGUUGCCCACACUGUGCCCAAUCCAGAUCCAGUGACGAUGUUCCAGGACAUCAAACGCCAGCUCAAGGUGGUGGAGCGCCUGCUCUCUCUGCCCCUGGAGUACUGGAAUCAGUUCAUGAUGGUGGAACAAGAGAACAUGGACUGCCACCGCGGCAAUGGGAACUCAACACCACGGACACCAGACAUUAAAGUGAGCUUACUGGGGCCUGUGACCACUCCUGAAUUCCAGCUUGUCAAAACUCCUUCAUCAAACUCCCUGUCACAGAGAUUGUACAACCUCUCCAAGAGCACACCCAGAUUUGGGAACAAGAGCAAGUCUGCCACCAACUUAGGUCAACAGGGCAAAUUUUUCCCUGCUCCGUACCUCAAGUAAAGCUGUUUCUGCCUACUGUCUGCCUACUGCAGGAGACACACCUGUUCGCUCCUCAGCUCCUGUGUAAUUACUACUUUUAGCAUUUUCCAGGCUUUAAAUAAAGUUUAAUGUGUAUGAGAGUUUGAUUAUUACAUAGCUCCCUCUCACCUGGUGACCUAGCACCUCGUAGAGUUGUUGGGAGCUUUAAAAUGGAGCUUUCUGCAGGGUAGAAGGACAACGGGAAUCGACUGUGGCUCUUCUGGGGGGGAGGGGGGAAUCUCUUGGGCUUAAAGCCAGAUACUGCUCGUGAAAUGACUGAUCCUGUGGUGUCUCUUAGACAGUGACAGAAACUGUGCCUCUUAGGUAAACCUCAAUUAUCUCGGGACAAGAGGUUUUGGGACAGGAUAAAGAACUACACAGAGGCCACAGGAUGGCCCCUUCUCAGAAGCCAGGUCCUCUUCUCCUUCAGGGAGUAACACAUGGCCUGGAGCCCUCUGCGGCGGGUAGGCACUGAUCUGAGGAUACUCACUUCUAACUGGGUUAAGUCUGAGUUGUAGAAAGUGCCAGAGGCUAUGAUCCCACGUGGCGUGUAGUCUCUAGUCAGCCUCAACCUGGACUUUGUUUGCAGUUGAUUGGGGUCAAAGCCAGAUUGGUUUAAAGCCUGAUUCAUUCUGACGACUGACCCCUUGUCCUUUGUCCAGUGGAGCCUAUUUAAAAAGCCAGCUAAUAGUUCAGAAGAUUGUCUAUUUUCAUACAGCAAGAACGUUAGUUGCUUCUGUCUUUGCACUUUAGGUGGUGAACUUUUUCCAGAUAUGUAUAUGUAAACGUUGGUUUUUUUGGUUAGCAUUUUCCAGUGUCUAAAAUGGCUUCCUUCUCUGGGAUGUUUUCUGACUCAUACUAACCCUUAUCUGUAAGACAUGUAUUUGGAAUAUUAUGUGGAAAAAAAUAAAUAACUUUUUCAAGAUGAAA